GCGGGCCAGGGUCGGAACAUGGCGUGGAGCUGCAGGGCCUGGCUGUGCAGCCGAGAGAUGCUGAGCGGCCGCCGCUGCCGGGGGCACAGGUUUACUUUAUAUACACAGCAGAGAAAUGGAUUCAAAAGAGUGCCCCAAAAGACUGAACCUCGAAAACCAGACCAAGAAAGUGGCUCCAAAACAUACAAAAGCAGUCUGUCUCCUCCAGUACAGGAAACAAUCUUUUAUACUUCUUCCCCUUCGCUGAAGCAUCUUGUGAAGCCAUUCUUUUUUACAAUUGGGUUUACAGGCUGUGCAUUUGGAUCAGCUGCUAUUUGGCAGUAUGAAUACCUAAAAUCCCGGGUCCAGAACUAUUUUGAUGAGGCUCGAGCAGAUUGGAUGGAUAAGUUACGACCUCAGAAAAAUGGGGACUUCAGAAAGCAGGUUAACAAGUGGUGGAAUAGCCUGAGUGAGGGUCAGCGGACUGUGACAGGUAUCAUAGCUGCAAAUGUCUUUGUGUUCUGUUUAUGGAGAAUCCCUUCUAUUCAGCGGACAAUGAUUACUUACUUCACAUCUAAUCCAGCCUCUAGAGUCCUUUGCUCUCCCAUGCUGCUCUCUACAUUUAGUCAUUUCUCUUUGUUCCACAUGGCUGCAAAUAUGUAUGUGCUGUGGAGUUUUUCUUCAAGUAUAGUGUCUCUUUUGGGACGUGAGCAGUUCAUAGCAUUGUACCUUUCUGCAGGUGUUAUCUCCACAUUUGUCAGUUAUGUCAGUAAAGUAACUACUGGAAGAUUUGGACCAUCACUUGGAGCUUCAGGAGCUAUAAUGACUGUCCUUGCAGCAGUAUGUAUGAAGAUGCCAGAAGCAAAACUAGCCAUCAUACUUCUUCCAAUGUUCACAUUUACAGCAGGAAAUGCUUUAAAAGCCAUUAUUGCAAUGGACACCGCAGGACUUGUUCUGGGUUGGAAAUUUUUUGACCAUGCAGCACAUCUUGGGGGAGCUAUAUUUGGAAUUUGGUAUGUAACUUAUGGCCAUGAACUCAUAUGGAAGAACAGAGAACCACUGGUGAAGGCUUGGCAUGAAAUGAGGUCUAAGAGCCGAGGAAAAGGAGGUGGAGGAUCUCACUGAUUCUAAUUUUACAGCCUGCUUGUGCAGAAAACGGUGUGCUACUUGAAGACAUGGAAGUGAAUUGGUUCUGGAAUUGUUUUUGCAACUCCACAGAAAACCACUUAGGAUGUGUAGUUUCUAAUGUAAACUACACUUGCAAAUAAAUGCAGUUCAGUAGAGAAUGAACUGACAAAGUUGAAAAAAUAAAGUUUAUAUCUGAUUGGUUUAUGAAGUAAACGUGUGCAUCACAUUUUUAAAAACUAUUUGACAAGAAGCAAUAUUUUCACUUAAGUGGCUGGAAGCUGAAACCGGGCACAUUCAAAUAAGAAAUUAAGCACAAUUUUUUUAACAGUGUUGGUGAUUAACCAUUGAAACAAACUACCAAGGGAAGGUGAAUUCACCCUCUUGAUAUCUUCAAAUCAAGGCUGGAUGCCUUUUUGGAAGAUAUGCUUUAGCCAAAUAAGGUAUUAGACUCAGUACAGGCAUAGGGGGGUGAAAUUUAAUGGCCUGUAAUAUAAAGGAGGUCAGACUAGAUCAGUGGUUCCCAAACUGGGGUUUGUGAAAUGUAUCGGAGUUCUCAGAAAAAAAUUCUGUAAUGGCGGACAGAGCUGUCCGUAGGGACCCUGGGAGCUGACAGCCCAAGCCCCAUGAUUAUGACUUCCUGGCAGAACAAGUUUAAGCUUUGUUGUAGUUGUGCAUUGUUUGCCUGAACUGCUCAAGACCCGAAUGCUUGUGGGAGGAACUUUUUCUUUGAGUUGGCUUCUUAAAUACCUUGAUGCUGUUUCACAUCUGGUACUCCUUGAUGAAACAUGUAGGAGGCUUAAUCAAAGUGAUAUGAGCUACAAAAGUGAAAUCUUGAGUGUUGCCAUUUUCAUAAUGUAAUAAAAUGAAUAAUGUAAUGAUAUUUAAUAUAAUAUUAAAUAGUGUGUAAUAAGCAUGUCAUAAAAAAACCAAAUUAUUUCCAAGAUCACUGCUUCUAUAAUUUAUGCUCAAGUAAGGGAGAAACUACCUGGAAAUAAUUCAUUUUUAGGAGGGGUUCGUGAGAUUUGAUAUUUUUGUGAAAAGGGUUUGUGGGUUGUUAAAGUUUGGGAACCACUGGACUAGAUUAUCUAAUGGUCCCUUCUCGCUGUAAGUUCUAUGAAUCUAUGAAAAAUACUGGCCUUGAUUUAAAUGUUAGUUGUACAGUAGCAUUGACACCUAGCAAAACUACAUUAAUAAUGUUAAGAGUCUGGCUCAUACUCUGAUGGCAGGCUCUUAUUCAAUGUAUUCUAGCUUUCAGUUCUUUCUACCUCCAAGACAUUAUCAAAGGAUGCAUUUAGAAUUUGUCACUGGAGAAUUUUUUCUUUGUUCUGUUGCAUGUAAUUAGAACAAUGGCCUGUUUCAUGUUAGUUUGGAUAUUUUUGCCACGAGUUAUCACAGGAGACAUUCCACCUUCAGCAUUUCUCUCCCAGUGAACUGCA